ACUGGGUGGCCACUCCCACUAAAACUCUGCAGCAGCCUCACUCAUUGGCAGCUGACAAACCGGGUGGAAUUUGUUCUCUGGCUGCUGGACAAGAGUUGGUCUCUCUGGGAAACAUGGAGCUCUCAGCGUUCCCUGGGUUUCUCUCUAUGAUUUGUGACAGAUUCACUGUACUGGCCACGUUCUUCAUGGUGCUUGCCCUGGUCUUUGACUACAUGAAGAGACGCAAGUGUCAGAAUUACCCUCCUGGGCCACGGGGUUUUCCUUUCUUUGGGAACAGUCUUCAGGUGGACUUGAACAACCCCCACUUAUCGUUUGCCAAGCUGUGGAAGGAAUAUGGCAGUGUGGUGAGCAUACAGCUUGGAUGGACAAACACAGUGAUACUAAAUGGCUAUGAAGCUCUCAAACAGGCUCUGGUGAAGAAAUCAGAAGAUUUUGCUGAUCGACCAAACUUAGCAAUAUAUGAAGAUUUUUUUAAACGUGCAGGAGAAGGCAUUGUCUUUGCAAAAUACGGCCGUUGGUGGAAAGAGCAGAGAAAGUUUUCACUUUUGACACUGAGGAACUUUGGGCUCAGGAAGAAAUCUCUAGAGACACGAAUUGUGGAAGAGGCUGGAUUUUUAAACAAAGAAUUUGAAAAUGCAAAAGGACGUCCUUUUGAUCCACAUUUUUAUCUAUCUUGUGCAACCUCCAAUAUUAUCUGUUCAAUUGUCUUUGGAGAACGUUUUGGAUAUCAAGAUAAAACAUACCUUGAAUUUUUAAACGUAUUUGAUGAAAUUUUUGAAUUGGAAGGUGGAUUUUGGGGCCAGUUGUUGAAUACGUUCCCCUUUAUUCGUCACUUCCCAGGUCCACACAAUAAGAUAUUUGAAAAUCAAAAUAAAGCUGUUGAGUUUGUUCAGGAGAAAGUCAUGGAACAUAAAAAACAAUGGGAUCCAAAUGAGCCCAGGGACUUCAUCGAUGCUUUCUUAACAGAGCAGGAGAAGAUGAAACAUGAACCUCAAACAAGUUUCCUGGAAACCAAUUUGUUAGGGACACUUUUUGAUCUCUUUGCCGCGGGUACUGAGACCACCUCCACCACCCUGCGCUGGGGUCUGCUCUUUAUGGUGCUGUAUCCUAACGUGCAGUCUAAAGUGCAGGGAGAGAUUGACAGUGUAAUUGGGAAGGAGAGAAAGCCAAUUUUGGAAGACCGUGAGGAAAUGCCGUACACUAAUGCUGUUAUCCAUGAAACCCAACGCUUGGGAAAUAUCGUUCCAAAUUCACUUCCUCAUCAAACAUACAGAGAUACAGAGGUCAUGGGUUACACAAUCCCUAAGGGAACAACAAUCAUCCCAAAUCUGUCCUCCGCCUUGUUUGAUGAGAAUGUUUGGUCAACUCCACACCAGUUUAAUCCAGGUCACUUCCUCAACUCAGAGGGGAGCUUUGUGAGACCAGAAGCCUUCAUCCCUUUCUCUGCAGGUCGCCGUGUGUGCCUGGGGGAGCAGCUGGCAAAGACUGAACUCUUCCUGUUCUUCACCUCCAUGCUCCAACAGUUCACAUUCCAUCUCCCAGAAAAUGAGCCAAGACCAAACUACACUGAAUCCAAAUUCGGAAUCACCCUGAGUCCACGUGCUUAUCGUCUGUGCGUUAAGCUCAGAUAAGAUGUAUAGGAAUGGUGGGGGGGGUUUCAGGAGCAGUGAGGGGACAUACACUUUCUUUAAUUUCAAACUAAUCCCAUCACUAAUUGUUUUUCUGUUCUCUUGUAUAAAAUUGUAACAGAGGUGUCUAGCUACUAAGUGCAGCUCUCACAGCAACGUGACUUGUCUGGAUUGGAGCACGGCCCUUGUUAUUUGGGAUCUAAAUUCUGAUCCAAACAAGACCCACCUGCCAGACAAAUGUGAGCAGAGUCUCACCCACCUCUUUGUGUAACUGCUCACCUGAACGCGAUGAAAUUCUGCGAGCAAGAGUUCAGUAAAAGUUGCACAGUAUUCUGCAUUGAUUGUUUGUUUAUCAACAGAGGGAGAGAAAUAGGUCUUCAGGAAAAUGUGAAAUAUGGACAAUAGUGAACCAGAAACCUGUUUUAUGUCCCCAUGUCAGGAUACUGAUUCACUAGCACUUGCUUUGUGCUUUCACCAAUAUCUAAUCUUAUUCCUAAUCUUAUAUCUAAUGAAAAACUGCUUGUGUCCAUUUGAAUAAUCACCAUUUUGAUAGUCUCUGUUGAAGUAUUCAGGAAUUUACAAAUUUAAAAUUUACACAAUCAAGACAAAUCAGACAGAAUAAAUUUUAACAAUUGUUAAGCUAACGAUAUAUCAAAAGAAAAAAAAGCUACUUUCUUGUUGGCAUAUUAGUAUAGUUCGGUGCAGUAACACUGGGUGAAUCGGUCUCUCUUUCUUCUGUUUGUUUAAUGAGUGCAGGAUGUGCUGCCUAAAGCAAUGGAUCAGUGUACUGAUGUUAUAUGAUGUCCCCAAUAUAAUUCUUAAUAAAAACAGAACACAAUGGAAA